AUGGACCGAUAUGUUUAUACCGCGGAUCCGGAAUUCAGGUGGGAGGACACGGGCAAUCGCAUGCGAUCAAAAGAGGGAGGGGGGUGGUGGACGGGGUAUGUGCUCAAGGUGUACACGCACCAGUGGCUCAACCGCACUGUUACCAACCGUUACAAGUGGUGGCACUGGCUCAUUCUCAUGGCGCCGGACAAGAUGCACAAUGCGCACAAGGGGCUGGUGCUGUUCUUCGUGGGGGCGGGGCUGAACCCCGUCAACCAGGUGCACAUCCCGGGCGCUGAUGAGAUCUUCAUUCGCCUCGCCGCUCCCAUGGUGGUGGAUUUGGGCAUUCUGGGCGUGAUGCUACAGCAGGUGCCCAUGAUGCCCAUCAGCUUCAAAGUGGGUCCCCCUGGCAUAGGCCCGCGGGCUGAACUCAUUGAAGAGGAAAUCACCGCCCACACCCUCGCCAUGUUUCUGGACCAUCCAGACGAGUGGGAGUGGCUCACCCCCCUGCCCAUGGCCAAGUCCAUCAUCCGCGCCCUCGAUGCCACGCAGCUCGCUGUUAGAGAGCUGCUGCCGCAUGUGCCCGUGGAGGGGUUUGUGGCGAUCGGAGUGAGCAAGCGAGCAGGCAUGUCCUACUUCGCUGCAGCUCUUGACAAGCGAGUGGUGGCGUUCAUAACGUACGGAUACGAUUUGCUCAACGUGGUGCCCAACCUGCAGCACAUGCACGACUCGCUGGGCGGCUGGCCCAUUCUGCUCAAGUUCAACUCCGAGUACAACAUCAGCCAGCGCCUCCACUCCAACCAGUACCGGAAAGCGGCGGAAGUGAUCGACCCAUACACGCUCAUCGACCGCAUGGACAUGCCCAAGCUGCUCAUCUCCGCCUCCAACGACGAGUUCUUCCUCAUCGACGACUCCUACUAUUUCAUGAAGGACAUGCCACAGCCCACGCAGCUCAAGAUAGUGCCCAACCUCUACCACAUGGUCAUCCAAAACUCCUUCUGGGCAUACGACGCAAGCAUCUCCUUCUUUUCCACUAUCCUCGAGGUCGAUUCCUCCUGCGCCUCUCUCCCCGCCUCCUCCCGCCCCUCUCUCACCUGGACUCGACCCAACACCUCUUCUUCCUCUUCCUCCUCCUCAUCUCCAUCCUCUUUAAGAGCCGCUUCAGUAGAGGGUACAGGCUUGUUCUCUCAAGGAGGUGGAGGAGAAGGAGGUUCGGAAAAUCCCGAGCGUAAGAUGCUGCCUUGGAGCUGCACGCCGAAGCUGCCGGCUGUGCUGUGGCCGAACCUGAGGUGGCGGUUUGAUUGGUCCACGUUCUCCAUCUAUGCCACGUCAGAGCGCAAGCCAUUGGCUGUCAGGGCGUGGAGUGCCCGCACAAUUCUGGGCAGCAAGCGAAGGGAUUUCCGAAUGGUCAUCAAGCAAGGCUCAGCAGGAUGUGUGGCGCCCUUCCAGAUGCCCUCCUUCACAUACCCGGGCAAGUUCGGCAUGCUGUGUGCGCAGCCCAUACCGUAUGUGACUGUGAACAUGUCCAAGCCCCGGGCAGAGGAUGACGGGUUGUGGCACUUCCACGCUACCAUCACCGAUGUGCCCAAGGAGGGGUACAGGGCGAUGUUCAUAGAGGCGGAUUUCAAGCAGGGAACGUAUAAGAAGCCCUUCACCAUCACCACAGAGGCUAUGGUCGCCCCCAACACGCUGCCCUUCUCGCCCUGCACCAAGCCAGAGUGCUACUUCCACUUCGUGUAA